AUGUACCUGAAAACAUUCGUUUUAGGGAAUCUCGAUCAAAUUGAUGAACGCGAUUACACAGCUACGAAACGAGUAAUCAAGCGUCUUUAUGUCUCAAGCACUACAGAUACUGAGCUGCUCGCGGAUGACGUAAAGGCGAUCGAAUCACGCUUUUUGGAACACCUCAACUCAUAUUGUUCUGGGUUUGACAGCACUUUUGUGAGCGCAUUGUUGGACGACGUCCUGCCGAGAGUAACACCAUGUGAUGAGGUUUUUGUUGAGAGAGAAGGGAUGAAUCUCCUCUUGCAUAUGGUCAUAGUAUUAGUGGCGUGUGUGGUCCAUGUCCUACUUGAUAGCUGUGUACUUGCCGAAGUUUUCAGAGUUCAAUGUAAAGAUUUCUUGCUUCUGUCCGGAUUGAAAAUUGGUCGCCUUACUGCAAACUAG